AUGUCAAAUUACAUUAGCCAUCAGAUUAAACGCCCGGAUAUUGUGAGAAGAAAUCAAGAAGAAGCACAAAACUCCACACUAUACAUUUUAAAACAGUAUGGACCAACAUUUUACUUGCUACAAGACGGUUCUAAGCAAAAAUAUAAGGUACAACUCGGUGAUGUUCAUACUUGCUCAUGUGGUGAUUUUACAAAAAAUCGUGAACUAUGUGUCCAUUUAUGCUGGAUAUUAAUUAGACGAUUCAAAGUAGACCCAAAUAAUCCUGUAUCUUGGCAAUCUGGAUUAGUUGAGCGAGAAAUAUCAGCUCUUUUAGACGGACAGCACUCAGUAACGAAUAAUGUCACAAAUUUAACUCAGCCUAAAGUUCUGAAUGAGGAUAAAUUUGAUGAAAAGCCUUCAUAUAACCUACAACGCCAAAUUGGAGAAAACGAUAUUUGCCCAAUAUGCCAGGAUUACCUUUUUUCUCAAGUGCGACUUCCAGUAACAUUUUGCCGUAAAAAUUGUGGCAACAGUCUGCAUAUACGAUGUAUGAAAGUAUGGACAGACUAUCAAAGAAAACAAAACCCUUUAGGAUUAAUGGAUUACGUAAAAUGUCCUAUUUGUCGAGGGGAUUUUGCACCCUUACAUGUUCUUAUUCGGGAAUUUACGGAAAAUGUGAAAACAGAUAUUAAAAAGUCUACUGAACCUAAACAUGUUCACAAUAUGACCAUUAUUGGUCAAGCAAACGAUGCACAGAGAAAACUGAACAUCGAAACAAUGCAAACAAGACAUUCAAAUACACGAUGUUUAUCAUGUUUAUGCUCGCCAAUAUUAGGUAAUAUUUAUCGUUGUGAAAUAUGCUAUCAAUUAGGACAAGAUGAAAAUUUAAAUCCGUUUUUAUGUUCACUAUGUUUUCGUUCUAAUAAGCAUUUACAACAUGGUCUAUAUGUUUAUAGAGAGACAUCACACGGAAAAUGGCUUGAAGUACCACCCAAUCGAGGUGCUAUUACAAAUCUCUCUGGACAGUUAGUUAGCAAAGUUCAAGAAAGCAAUGAAAACCUUCAGUCAAGCUCAACAGAAAAAUUCAACCAUUUGUCAAUUAACGAAGAAUGGAAACCUCUUCAAUUAGCUGAAUUAGCUCAAAUUCGUCAGUGGACAAUUAGAAAUCCCAGAAAUCAUUCUGAUUUCACCUCACUAAAACCGUCGGACAAAGCAACUAAUAAUGAUAAUAAAAUUAAAUCUGUGAAAGGAAAGUCAUCGACAAGUUCUAAUUUAUUUCCAGAGCGUUCAGGGACAUCACUCUCGAUGGGAUUGUUAUCACCAGGUCGUCAAUGCCUUCUUUGUUUAAUGUUUUUUAAAGUAAAUGAUAAAGUUAGACAACUGUCACCUGGCUGUCAACAUAUUUUUCAUUCAUAUUGUAUUGAUCCGUGGCUGCUUCAUAAGUCAUCAACAUGUCCGAUUGAUAACACACCUAUUCGUCCUAUAAAAACAAUCGAUACAAAAUCAUCGACAAAUCGUACACCAAGACAAAGAACUGAUGAAAUGUUGACUGACAAUUUGAGUGAAUUAAAAAUUUUUGCAAAACAAAAAAUUAACUUAACCUAUCAGCUUAUAGGAGGACAGAACCGCGAUUGUGCAACUUGCAAAUAA